CACAGUCUCUCAGACCCUCGUAGUAGUAAAUCCUCGCAAAUAGCAUAAAGUCAAUUAAACACAUCGCCCAGUAUUCAAUAUAUAAGCAGGUAUCAUCUCCGACAAGUAGCUGCUAAUGCUUUAGUAGUUUAUUGAUAUCACUGAAGACACUUAAUACAUCACCAUGGUACACUGCGCGGGUGUCGUUACAGAGGGUGACCUCCAAUACCUCUCUGGAUUCAACAAUGAGUUUGCUUCUGAAGCUCUCCCGGAUGCACUUCCAGAGGGCCAGAAUACACCUCAAGUAUGUCCCUACGGCCUAUACGCUGAACAGCUGUCGGGGUCUGCAUUUACUGAGCCCAGGCAUGAGAACAAGCGAACAUGGUUCUACCGUAUCAGGCCUUCAGUGAAGCACACACCCUUUACAAAGUACACCCGGCCCGAGGUAGGGCACCCAGGAACUUACCCCGUGCCAGUACUGACUACGCGGUGGGACGAUGUGGAUCCCAACCCCAACCAGAUCAGAUGGCUGCCGUUUAAGAUGCCAGAGGAUAGUGAAGAUGUAGACUUUAUCACUGGCUUGUCUACAGUGGCCGGUGCGGGUGACUGCAAAGCACGUAUGGGGGGGAUGGCCAUUCACGUGUACACGGCCAACAGAUCAAUGGUAGACACAGCUUUCAACAACUCUGACGGAGAUAUGCUGAUUGUACCCCAGCAAGGUGCACUGACUGUCCGCACAGAGGUAGGGGUUAUGCGCGUACCACCAAAUGAGAUCUGUGUUGUACCCCGUGGUGUUCGGUUUGCAGUGGAGAUUGACGAUGAGAAGCUUGUGCGUGGCUAUGUUUGCGAGGUAUUCGGGGUGCACUACAAAAUUCCAGACCUGGGCCCAAUUGGUGCGAAUGGUCUCGCGAAUCCGCGCGACUUCCUUACACCCGUAGCGGCAUACGAAGACAGGGAGUGUGAGUUCACAAUCAUCAACAAAUUCCAAGGUGCGAUGUUCCAGGCCAAGAUGCAACACAGUCCAUUCGAUGUGGUAGCCUGGCAUGGCAACUAUGUGCCAUUUAAGUACGAUCUAGACAAGUUCAUGGUUAUCAACGCAACGCUGUUCGACCAUGCCGACCCGUCUAUAUUCACCGUAUUGACUGCACCGUCAGGUAUCCCUGGGGUUGCUGUAUGUGACUUUGUGAUCUUCCCUCCGAGAUGGGCUGUACAGGAACACACUUUCCGCCCUCCCUAUUAUCAUAGGAAUUGCAUGUCUGAGUUCAUGGGUCUAAUUAAGGGUGAGUACGAGGCGAAGAAAGGCGCUUUCUUGCCUGGAGGCGGUAGUUUACACAGUAUCAUGACACCGCAUGGUCCGGAUGCAAAGACGUAUGAUAUUGCCUCUACGGAAGCUCUUGAUCCCGUAAAGGUUGCUGAAGGAACACAGGCAUUCAUGUUCGAAUCGAGCUUCAGUUUAGCACUCACCCGGUGGGGAGAAGAAACUUGCGAAACUGUCGACUCGGACUAUUUCCAGUGUUGGCAAGGGCUUGAGAGCAAUUUCGACCCAAGUUGGAAGAAGACUUAAAAGUCACAGAGCUGACACUCAAAAUCCCGCGCGUUGGUGAGGGCCGGGAGUCUAUAAGUUUUCUUAACAAGCUGCCAAGGCUCGCAGGGACUGCAUCACUACAAGCGAAUACUUCACUCGUCAAAUAUACACAAUGAAGGUUCACUGGACUGUGCUCAAUAAAAUGAAUGUGUUCUUUCUUCGGAAGUUGGCUAGAUGGGAGCUUAGCUGUUUAUAUGUUAAUCUGUACUUGCUGGCUAAGCAAUCUGUUCGCUCUGGCUAGCUAAAACAUCACACUGCUGCAACCAGUAUCAUGUAAGAAUGCCCAACAUAUCUCGAGUUUGAAACACCAUAGCUCGACGUAGAGUCGGGCUCACGAUAAAAAGUUUAUUCAUUGAGUCAUCUCCCUUCCGUGACCAUAUACUCGGCCGGUUGGUGGCCGAGCUAGAGCCUCUGGAGGACUUAUCGCGAAAUAAAUAAAUAGUAUACAUGCACUCUGUUCUAGUGCGUCAGCAGUGUUUUACUAUUGUUUCUACUUUUUAAAGGUCAUGUUAUGAUUUCAUAUUCGGGGUAACAUUCUCUGAGCCAAACUUUAAGCCGAAUGUCAGUACCAAAAGUGCAAUAGGUUCGAGAAUAAUCUAUUCCACUUUUGAUACUGAGGCUUUAAUUAGUCAAGCUUGCACAAGAA